AUGAAGAAGGGAGGCAAAAAAAAGACCACCCCAAUAAAGGAGGAGUUCAAGUUGACCUUAGAUGAAGCGAGGGAGCGUCUGUGGCGGGCCAUUCCCUGCAUUGCGCAGGCCCUUCAGACCGAAGUCGAUGAAGAAAAAGACGAAGAGGGGGUCAAACCUCCGACGAAUUCACCAACGUCUGAUGUCAUCAAUGAAUUAGCCUUUCCUUUGGAGACGAUGCAGCAUAUCGUUCGCUGCCUUUACAUGGCAAUCCAUGGGAACCCGACCCCUGAGGAUGUGGAUCAGGCGGUCCUCUCAGUGUUCCGUGGGUCGCCGAUAACGCAGCAGGAGUUCUACUACAAAAAAGACCUCUACAACUUCUUAGACUUUAUUCCGAGUUUGUGGCUUUCUCACGUGGCCUUUGCUAUCGAUGACGUACUCGUGCGGCUCAACCUAGAACUUGUGGAUUGCAUCACAACUGAUGAGCCACCGAUAGCGAUUAUAGAUGAUCCUUACAAAACCUUGUUAAUCAGCCCUUCUGUGUGCAGUCCAAAGGUGCUUGCGACUCCUGUGGGCUCCUUCAUGACGCUCAACAAGUCGCCUCUGCACAAGGAAAUAUUUUGCACCCUUUUGGGAUGCAUUCGGUCAGCCAGCAGUGAUAAAACGACAUCGUUGACCUCCGAACAGCUAGAUGCGCUCACGUCAAGUCAGUUCAAUGUGUUUUUUGCAUGGUUUAUCCACCUACAUUUUUCAAAUGUGUCGGCUCAGCGCUCAGAAAUGGCAGCUCGAAAUAUCUGGCUGGAAUUUCUUAAUGCGAAGGGUGAGAUGGAUAUUGAGAGUUUUAAGGCGGCCUGUAUCUUUCUUUGCAGGCGCUACGCACAGCAAUUGAACACGGCGAGCUAUCUUGAGAAGUUAUUGUCUAUUACACACGCACACCUCAAGACUGGGGGGAAAGAUGGUCAAAACCCCUUGACCGCAAUUAGCCCCGAAGAGGUGCAAACUGAGCAGCCCCGUCGGCGGUUUGAGGAUCCUACAUUACUCUACAUGCCUGAGGACCUACGGCACUGGCGCCAGGAAAGCGCUUUCUAUAACAGUCGUCCCACUGAAAAUCGAAUUCUAAUUCACGGUCCCCGUACCAUGGGCAAAACAAUGGUUGGGAAAGCGCUUGCCGCGAAACUUCAUGCGGCCCACUUAGAUGUGCUGGAACUCGCUACAGCGGCAACCGCAGACGCGUUGAACGGGGAUGAAUUGGGCCAACAGCUAGUGGAGUUGGUAAGGAACUCCACCUCGAUUCCUCUCUCACUUCAAGCGGCGCUGAUUCGUCGCGAGGUAGGCAAACGGAGCUCCUAUGAAGGUUACGUCUUCAGUGACUCGCUUUCGUUGAGCGCAAGCAAUAUGAGCACGGUGACUCAGUUCCUUGAGGACUGCGGUCUAACGCGAGUCGCAAUUCCGAGUGUCUUUCUGGAGAUGUCCUCUUCCGAUGAGGAAUGGAUUCAGGAGGUGCAGAAGACCACCGCCGCAUCGCAGCGUUCUGUUGAGGAGGCACUGCUGGCGCGCUACACCGCAAAGCAGGAGAGGCUUCGUCAAGAAGAGGAAAAGGCGGCGAUGAUAGCCUCCCACAGGGAGACUUUGGAGCAUUUUACGCAACUUCAAAAUGACAAGGAUGUUCCUGAAGAGGAACUGGAGAAAGCCCGUGAGAAAGCAGCCGAAGCAGAGGAAAUACUUACCCAUUUGGCGAACAAUGAGCAGGACAAAAACGACAGCCGCACUCUGGAGGAGCAACAGUUAUCAGGUGACGAACCCGAUAGGGAGGAUGAUGAGGAUGCUCAGUAUUUCCACAUGAUGCUUGGUCGGCUUAUUGAAAGCGGCCGUGCAUCUCUUCACGGCCCGGACAAGAUAAAACCAGGUGAUAAACCCUCAUUAUUCACGAGCCUUCCGGUUCUGAAUCUUGCGGUUGAGCGUGCUGCUCUUCGCGAUGCGAUUCUCACCGUUGACGCGACAUCGAGCGUUGAGGAUAUCCUCACAUACGUGAUCCAGAGUCUGGACUUAAAGCCCACCCUGUUAAUCAAUGAGGUGGAAAUGGGUGAUGCGCUCAACGAGGCCCCGGUGGAUACCUUAGAAGAUGAAAAGGCUAUUGCGCAGCUUAAGGAAGAAACCGCCUUGGCCAAUGGCUUCCAGUACUCUCCCACAUGGAAGCGCUUUUGUCCAGUCACCUUUGAGGAGGACCACGUGCUUAUAGAGGGCUCACCGGCUUUCAGCUGCACGCUCCGCUCAUAUUUGUACAUAACGACCUCACGUGACAAGCUUGAAAAGUUCAUGCGAAACCCGCUUUUUUACCUUCGGCGCACGCCGGAAAGUCGGGAAGCCAUCGUUCUCGUAGCGGAUAAUGAGAGGUUGUCGGAAAGGCGUGAAAAUAACGAGGCUGGCGUGGAACUAUAUUCCUUGGUCAAACGGCUUGCUCACUCCCUGCAGCUCAUCGUGAUCCCGCUAUCGGACUAUGCUUCGGCUCACAGCCAGUACCGGGAGCUUCGUGAUAAGAGAAAGACCAUUUCUUCGAGUCGCUCUGUUUUUGAUAGAGAGGAGCGGCAACAGCGUUCGACUCGGAUGGAAAAGCGCCUCCGUCUCGAAGCAAAGCGGAAGCAACCUUCAAGCGCCAGAAAACCCAAUAUAGCGAAGCGACCGAGUACGAAAAAAGGUGUUUCCCUUCCGUCGGAUCAGGAGUCACCCUCCAAGGUUACCUUUAUGGUAACACAGCAGCCGGAAAGCAUUGCGGAUGUACUAGGCCAGGAAAUAAAAAAAAUCCAAGAAAAACAGAAGAACGAUCUACCUGUUCUCAUGACAGCACUGAAUUCACAGGAUCACAAUCUUGAGGAGUUGGAGAUGUUGCUCAAGGAGAACGCAAUUCCCAAAAACGUGCUGGUGCUUCGGUACGGAUCACUUCCCACAACGUCCGAUCCAGAUAAUGAGGAUGGGACCAAUCUCGAUGAAACCUUGGAUAAAACGGUUUCUCGGACAUUGAGUUCGUUGUCUUGUGAUAAAGUUGCCGAAAAAAUCAAGGAGUACCAAGCCAAGGAGGACUAUAAUUACCCAGAGUCCAUUCAAAUACAUGAGAUCGACAUGCUGGGUAUGACUGAGCAGGAGUUGCUUUGGAAUAUUUGUCAACGCGUCAGCCCCGCUGCAGUUCAUGUGGCUCCCGGUGUUGUCGAUGAGAACCUCGGUGCGGAAGAGGAGGAUGAAGAGGAGGAGUUUCUGAAUGAGGAAGAUGAAGAGGAGGAAGAGGAUAACAAAGAGCUGAAGACCCUUCUAACCACGGCCAAUAAGAUAGAGCCCCUUCUAAAGCCUCACCGUCGCUUUCUUCAUCAGUUCGGCUCGCGCCUACAGUAUUGCCCCGUGACCUUGUACACAAAGCGUCUUCUUGUACGAGGUAAAAAUGAUUUUUGCCUUUCCUUUCUUGAUGAAUUGUAUUGCUUUGCUACUGAGGAGUGCUUGAACCAAUUUCAGCAAAAUCCACUUCGGUUUGUUAGUGACGUCCCUCCACAGAAUACUCCCCCUCGAUUCUGGAUGGUGGGCGCGACGUUUUCUGGCAGGCAGACGUUGAGCGCCGGGAUUCAGCGCGAGUUUGGUAUUCCCUUUUUCAGGUAUAAUAUCGCUUUUCUCGAGCGUUGUAUCGAGGCCGCAGGCACCCCUGGCGGUGCCAAGGUCGACGAUAUUUUUAUCCCGGAGGCCGACUUAUCCCAGAAUUUCACCGCAGCCGCUCGCGGAACCAAGAUUCUCCAAGAGCUCCGAGACUUUGCGGCCGACCACGAGCGGCGCCUCAAACUCCGCCUCGAGGCCGAAAAGGAGCUCGAAAUGAUGGCCGAACGCGCGGAUGAGAUCGAGGACGAGGAGGAGGCGGCGGAGCGGGAGGCCGAGCUCCAGGGCUUCCUGGAAUUCGAGCCGGAGGAUGAGGAGGUGAAGGAGGAGCGCCUGAACAAGGCCCACCUAAGCCUUCUUGCCUGCGUCACUCGUAUGGAGCCGUUUGAAUCGCAGGGCUACGUGAUGGUUUGUUCACCUUUUCCGGAUGUUGGGAUCGAUAUUCUCUUUGAGGAGAACUGCAUCCCCGAGGCGGUUGUCUAUCUGGAUGUACCGGAGGAUAUGCAUUCGCAGCGCGCGGGAAAGGUGAUGGAGCAACGCCGGCAGGAGUCUGUAUUGCACCUUAGCGAGGCUCAGGCCCUUCAAAUGGAGGCGGAUUCUAGACAACGUGAGGAGGAGCUCGAACAAAAGAAGAGGAAAAAACAAUUGCGGUUAUGGCUCCGCCGCCACAUCGGCGCCAACGACGAUCCGGAUGAUGCUGAUCGAAGCUCACCUGAGGUGGAUGGGGCUCUGAGAGAGUCUCAACCGAGAUCCGGAGACCUGCAAGGUGGGGCCUCCAAAAGCGACCCCGCCUGGUCUCCGUUUAGCGAGGAAGUCGAGGCGGUUGGGGAGUUUUUGGAGAUCCUCGAGGAACGUUUGGUGGAUGUGGUGCGUAUCCCGGGCGGUGCGGGUCCCGAAACCGUGUUUCGCACCGCCAAAGAACUGCUCCAGCGCCACCUCUCGAACCGAAGCUCCUUCUUUUGCUCUCCACAGGUCGUUCACUAUGAGUUUUCGCAGGAUUUGCUGCGAACCGGGCGGGCCGCGGAGUCCUGCUUUGAAUCGAUGGACCCCGUUGAGCUCUUCGAGAGGCGCAUGGGCGUUUACCAACCCUGUCGAUUCAAACCACCGGGGAGCUGUAGGUGGAGCGUGCCCGAAGCCUCAAGCGAGAUGACGGCAAGCGCGGCAGAGGAUGAUCUGAGCAACGAAGGACGGCCCAUGACCCCGGACGAAAUGGAUGAUGUCGAGGAGGAAAUGUCCGAAUACAGUUCGGGGGAGCUGGAGCAGAUGCGCAGCCUCGCCGAGCUCAAACAGACGCAGUGGAAUCGGUUAAUGUCGCCACACUCCGUUCUGUUUGCGAGUCGUAUGUACUACUUCAAGAGGUGUAGUACAUUGAGGAAGUUUCUGCGAAAUCCCAUUCUCUACGUUUCCCAGCCACCGCCUCCGCCCAAGCUACACUCGAUGCCGGCGGUCGCGAUCUUCGGGGGCGAUAUCUUCCCAAGCCAGCAGGAUACGCCCAAUAACGGCGUCAAAAAGAGGUCUCUGGCGGAAUCCGUUGCCUACAACCUAAACGCCGUUUUCAUUUCGGUCCCGAAGUUGCUCACGUGGGCUGCCGUGCAUCCACGACUUGGGUCGCUUUCCGCGCAAGCCAUCCGUGCCGCCUUUUCCGGCCAAACCGAUGUCACCACGGUUGAGCGAUUGUUUUCGCUUCGUCUUGGCGGGGCGGAUGUGAAAUGGAAAGGGGCGAUCCUAUCGGACUGGCCUCGAGCCACGAGCGAUAUGGACCGUCUGGUGCGCCACCCCAUCCCAACGCUGAUUGCUCGGGCCGUGUGCGUGGUCGACGCCCCCGGGCCCGACCCCCACGGCGUCCAAUUUCCUCCUUUCUACACCUCCCUUCGGCAGCGACUGGACGAGCAGUUUCUUUAUGUUUGCGAUGUCAACCCGUCGAACCCGCGCGACCCGCGCGACUCGGCCAAUUUACUGAAGUUGGUGAUGGAUGUCGAGGCGCUGGUGGAGCGUGGGCGGAGGGCCGUGCUUUGCCGUCGCCUCGUCUUCCCGAUUUCUGUGUCGAAGCUGUGGAAGUUCACACAGGAGGUCAAGGCGGGGCUGUCGAGUUACCAGUGGUACUGCCCGUAUUCCUGGAUCGAGGAGGACGACCUGGUUGAUACGCGGUCUUGCAAAGGGCUGUGGGUUGCUCAGUAUCUGGAGGCCUAUUAUUUCUUUAGCACCGAAGCCUACCUCCAGCGCUUCUUGUUGGAUCCCCAUGUCGUGGCGGAGCCGAAAACCCAACGCCCCCUUCCACGGCAUCUUCCCGUGCCUAUUACCCAUCCUAUUUCCAAUGACGAGGCGGGCGAAUUUGCGCUGCGGGGCUGCUGUCCGGUGCUCUUGUACGACACCCGGGAUAACUACGGCCUCCGCGGCGUGAAGGAGGGGACCGCGAAGCUGGGCUCCCUUUCCUGCGUGGUGGAAUACAACGGCAAGCGCUACGCCUGUUUGGACGAGAUCAGCAAGGAGCGAUUCCUCAAACGGCCAUGGCAGUACAUUGAUGAGGAAGUGCCACUACCGCCAUCUCAUAAAUGUCCCCUCUUGCUUGUGGCCUCCAAGGAAAAGGAAAAUGAGCUCCGGCGAACAAUGGAUGGGCAUACAUACAUCAAGCGGUACCUAUACGACCGAAUCGCACGUGCGAUGUUGGCGGUUGCGGAAGUGCGUCCUAUGUACUCCGGGCUUACUGUCGAGGAGUCGGUGCUGAAGUACAUGGCGCUCUACCUGAAGGCUCAUCGUGAGGACGCCAAUGAGCUACAGAGAAAGCAGUAUGCGGAGAAGCUUGAUCUUUUUACCAAGCGAAGUACGCUUUACAAGCAGUUUGAUCAUUUGUCUUUGCAGUACCCGGAAGAGAAUGCCACGAUUAGGGAACUGUGCGCCGAGUACGACAUGAUACGCAGAGGUGUAGAAAAUGUGGCGGAUAUGAACCAUCUCAAAAUGCAUUCUGAUGUGAAACAAUAG